AUGGUCUUGACGCGGAUGGCAGUGCCAAAUUUGUUUCUACUCAUCUUGCGGCUUGUCGCCUCGAAGGAUUUCAUCUUUCACCAUGCUGCACAUUCGGGAUGGAGGUACGAAAACGUCUCAUUCGAAACGACGGCGCCGACUCUCGGAAUCUGCGGGAUAAAAUGCGUGACGCAGACGCCUCCCUGCUAUGCCUUCAAUUAUCGGGAAUCCGAUGGAUCAUGCCAAGUCGUCCUCAACGGGGAAAGCGGCCUCGUGGAAGCCGACGGAUAUAUCUCCUUCGCACAGUGGCUGUGCCUAACGGAGCAUCCGACGAUUCCAAACACGAAGGUGUCCUUCGAGGGCUGGAGGGGAGAAUAUCCAGCCCCGAAGGGGGCGAUGGUCACUCUCCUAUGCGAUGAUCCCAAGGGAUUCUCCGACGGCUCGCCUCAUCACACGUCUCGUUGCUCCUCCGUGACCCCACAUGCUUGGGAAAGCUCUUUCCAGGUGGAUGCCGUCGAGUGUAAGGAAAAUCCAAACACUGUAUACUUUCUGGGAUUGCGCGCAACGUGCCUCUAUUGGAAAUUCACAGGUGAGAAGCAAUACAUCUACCCAGAAUGUCGCUUGACGGAGAAAGGAAGAGAAUACAUCGGGACAGAAAGGCAGACGGAAUCGGGAAAGACGUGCCUGAGAUGGGACACCCAGCCCUAUGGAAAACCAGACGACUUCCUCGCCACCGUCGAGUACGACGACCACUUCCUGAACCGGGAUGCUUGGUCCCAGCAGAACUACUGCCGGAACCCGUCGUGGAAGGCGAGACCCUGGUGCUUCGUCGACGACACACAAGUUCAAUGGGAAUUCUGCAAUAUCUCCAUGUGCACGGUUAGAGAUCCUCCUGAAUUCAAGAUGACUCAAGAGGGGGGCGAAUACAUCGGGAGAAAGAACGUGACUAUUUCAGGCCUUCCGUGCCAGCCAUGGAACACCUCGAAGCCCUAUCCGGCGAGCGACGAAGUUGCAUCCCAUCUCCCAGGGUUCCCAGAUGCUGAAGACAUCGACGAGGAUCACAACUUCUGUCGCAACCCGAAUGGAGAUGCUGCUCCUUGGUGUUACAGCGAGAAGCUGGAUGAUCCCGGUACGGAAUUCUGCGAUAUUCCGUUCAAGGAAGCCCAAAUCGAAGAAGGAGCAGAAGGGAAUACUUUCGGAAAAGGGAAAGGAAUUCAUUGGGACAAAGUGGAUGAUCCCGGUACGGAAUUCUGCGAUAUUCCGUUCAAGGAAGUGCAAAUCGAAGAAGGAGCAGAAGGGAAUGUGUACCCUGAAUGUAGACUUUCGGAAAAGGGAAAGGAAUUCAUUGGGACAAAGAGCGAGACCGAGACGGGGAAGCCCUGUCUCGUUUGGUCGGAGCAGAAAGAAAGAACUCCUUGGGAUUUCUCCUGGAGUGGUAAGGAAUAUUAUCAUUUGAAUUUCUUGGGCGGAGAUCCAGCGACCCAUGAGAAUUUCUGUCGGAACCCGGGGAUAUACCGAGAAAGACCGUGGUGCUUCGUCUCAGACGCUGAUAUCAAAUGGGAGUACUGCGACAUCCCCAUAUGCCAUGACCCGAAACCACUGGAAUGUAAGCUGACAGAAAAAGGAGGAGAAUACGUGGGAAAGAAGAAUGUGACCCUGUCGGGGUUCCCGUGUUGGCCUUGGCUUUCUGGAGCCGUAUUUUCCUUUGAUUUCAGAGACAAAUUAUCGGCAUUCUCAGAUGAAGUGGAUGGGAAUCACAACUACUGUCGCAAUCCUGAGCCCGGUCGCCGAAAUCAUGGUCCGUACUGCUAUUUUUUUUCUGGCAGCACCAUGACUUGGGAGUAUUGUGACGUUCCCUUCUGUCCCGGAAGAGACGGAGAACAAUGCAACAUUCGAGUCUAUGGGAAGUGCAUCAGUCCAGCCGAAUGCAAGACCACCCAAAGCAGUGAGGAUUACACGGGAACGAAGCAGACGACGAAAUCUGGGCUCCCCUGUCAGCCAUGGCUGAGGAAUUCCCCAAACGAUCUCGUGCCACUCCACUCUUUGAAGAAAUGGAAAUUUCCGGACGAAUUGCACCCCUCUCACAACUUCUGCCGAAACCCAGAUGCAGACGCAGGAGGUCCGUGGUGUUACAACGGCGCAGGAACUGACCCGCGUUGGGAACAUUGCGAUGUUCCAUCGUGUUGA